AUGAAGACCAGCUUGCCUGCGGGCUUCGACUUCUUCGGGGCAACAGUGCCUGCUCAGAUUAACUCGAUUCGAGCCACUACCGCCGACAAACUGCCGUAUGAGUUGGACUUGGAACUGCAAGAGUUCCUGAAUCUGGAGCCGUCAGAACAGCAACAGCCGCAACAAUACCCCGAAGCUUCGUCUCAGAUUGACGUACCGACAGAUCUGUACUCCAUGCAUCCGUCACCCGCAUUCACCGAAUCAUUGACCACAAAUGAAGAACCGCCUUCCUCGGCUCUCGGGCUGGAUCUUCUCCCGUUCUUUCCGAUGAUGGAUUCGCUCGAAUACCCCUUCGGCAUCAACGCAGAGUUCGUAGGGGAACCGCGAACCACCGCUGAGAGCAACGAAUCUAACAACGCCGCUGAUACAGUGUUGCCAUUUGACCCGGAAGAGCAAUUUGAUAUGAGCCAGCAGUUUGCCGACAUUUUCAGCAGCGAACUUUCGGCUAUGGAUGCUAGCGCAGCUGGUGCCUUCUCGGAAGAUUUUCCACCAAGCGUGUCCUCAGACGCAGAUGCACAUGAGCAAGCGAAGCCAGUUGCAGCUUCGGAUAAAAACGACACCCGUGUGAACAAGAAGCGUAGGCGAUUGUCAAGUUCCGCAUCGGACGCGGAAGUGGAGCUUGACGCAGAUGCAGGGCAGGAGAACGAGAUUCGGCCAGCUGCCUCGGAGGCUCCCGCUAAGACCAAAAAGAAAGCCACGAAAGUAAAGAAGGACAAGUUCUCGUUGGAUAACAUUGGUUACAGCCUAGAAGAUCUUCGGCAGUUCGUCGAAGAGCUAGAAGCUGACGAAUCGAUAACUCCGAAAGAGAAGCGUCAGCUGCGUAAUAAACUCUCUGCGAGAAACUUCCGAGUGAGGAGGAAGGAGUACGUGACACAAUUGGAGGAUCAAGCGGAGAUGCUUCGGAAGGAAACAGUCGAGUUGAAAGCACAACUCGCUGCGAAAGACAAGGAAACCGAAAACUUGCGCAGGGAGCUGAAGGAGGCAAGAGAUCUCUCGAACACCCUGUUGAUGUUCAGCCAACCGAUACCCGCACCAACACCUGCACCAUUUCACCGUGUGCAGGACUUUGGUCAUAGCGCUCAGCGGCUUCAGGUGCAUUCCGUGCAUAUGCCAGUCGAACCACCAACCAGCCAAGCGUUGGCAGCGGCACCGAAGCAGCCAGUCAAUCCCAUCCCGAACGAGUAUGUUCAUGCUGGCAAAGAAGCUGCGACAUUCGUCGACUUUGUUGCUCGCAUGCCGCUCAGCGCUCCUCAGCCGACAGCGGCCGGCGUGCUCCCCAUCGCAUCACAGCCAGCUUACACCACCAACAUCCCGGCUCCCUGCCAACCGAUUCGCCUUCCCACAAAUCCGAAAGACAACCAUCUCCUGGAGGUCAUACCAAAGCCCCAGGCGCUCGUGCCCAGGCCAGAGGCACUCAACUUCUCGCCAAAGCCAUACACUUCAGCAGCUCUCCCAUUCUCGAAAGAAGAUGUUGUCCGAGCGGCAUGGGAAUCCAUCAAGCUUGGUCACCUGCAAACCGUGCCCGGUCUGGAUGCGUCCGUUGAUGCAGCUGCGUUCGCUACCGGCACUCUUCUCGUGAAGGAAGUGUUGGCUCUUGCCGUCAUGGCUGCAAGCGGAAUGGUUACCGUUGUGUGA